AAAGAGCAAGGCGGGGGUGUUAACAAACACUUCCUGAAAAGCCAAAGCCCGGUAAAUCCAGGGCAGGACUAGUUGAAAUAAAAGCCAAGAAGGGCCUGAGAGACAGUGUCUUGGAUUCCGGCAGCCUUUGGGGGACAGCUUAUUCCUGGAAAGAAUUGCACCCCACCCCCAACCACCAUGUCGUCUCAUUUACUGGAAUUGCUGGCUGCCAUUUUGUUCCUGGUGUCUCCUGCUGCCACAGCAGAUGAAAACCGAAUAAUUGGCGGGGGGCCUUGUCCGAUCAAUUCCCAGCCCUGGCAGGCUGCACUUUUUUCAGGCUUCAGACUGCACUGUGGAGGGACCCUGAUCACCAACAGAUGGGUGCUCACCGCUGCCCACUGUAAAUUGGGAGUUCCUUUUCCUGUCCGCCUCGGGGAACAUCACCUCAAACAACUGGACUGGUCUGAGCAGCUGAAACUAGCGUCAAAAGUCAUUGUGCAUCCGGGCUACAACUCUCGGACCAAGAACAACGAUAUCAUGCUUGUCAAGUUGCUGACCCCGGUUUGCUUAAACAAAAAAGUCAACGUCAUUGAUUUGCCCACCAGCUGCCCUGUGCCCGGGACCCAAUGCCUCGUUUCAGGAUGGGGUACCACAACAAGCCCACAAGCAAGCUUCCCCAGUGUUUUGCAUUGUGCAAACGUCACCAUUGUUGGUCAAGACGUCUGUCGGUCCAUUUACCCGAAUUAUAUCAAUGAGAACAUGGUUUGCGCUGGCGCUAUGGAAGGAGGCACAGAUGCUUGCCAGGGUGAUUCAGGCGGCCCCCUUGUCUGCAACGGGAAGCUGCAAGGGCUUGUAUCCUGGGGCCCCCAGAUUUGUGCACAACCUAGGAGGCCUGGCGUCUAUGUGAAUGUAUGCAGAUAUGUGGACUGGAUCCGAGAAACUAUCCGCAAUAACUGAUGAUCCUGUGGCAGUUGGAGCAAAGGAGGCUGCCUUAUACCAAACUGGAGCACUGCUCCAUCGAGUUCAGUACUGUUUGACCAGAAGCAGCUCUCCAUUGUUUUAAGGCAGAGGUCAAUCCCACCCUUUCCUGGAGAUCCCAGAGACUGAACCCACCACCAAGUGCUCUACCACUAAGCUACGGCUGCUCCUCCAGCCCUGAACAAACUCUGAAGUGAGGGGGGAACAUGCUUGAUGUUUUGUUGUGGACUUCACUAGACUCCCCUAAGUUGGUUUGCAGUGUUUGUGACACUUCUGUGGCGCUGUGUAAAAAUGUACAAUAAUAAAACCUGGU